GGAAGGAUUGUUAAUGACUAAUCUCUGUCCAUGAGGAACAGAGCCAAGGCAGAGAUGCGGCUGCUGGGUGGGAAGGCCGCCUGUGAUCGGCCACAGCUCCUGCUGGAACUCCCUCCUCCUCACCCCACUGUCUCCUGGACUCGCCCCAAUGCAAAAUCAGAUUCUGAGGAUUUGUAGCAAAGUCACUGGGUUUUGGAGAGGAAGACUGGACUCAGAAUCCUCCCAGGGCUUUGAAAGUUCAUCGCCAACCUAAGACAAUCCGAGGAGGUAGGAGACAUUGGAAGGAAGGAAGAAAGGAAGGAAGGAAGGAAGGAAGGAAGGAAAGAAGAAAACAAGACCUAGAGAUAUAGCUAGAAGUGAACACUGCAUAUCUUGGAGUUUUGGAUGCAUUCUGGACAUCUCCUCAGGAUGAAACUUCAGACAUUUUGGGGAUUUUUUUGAAGACCACCAUAACGAAGAUACAUUCUCAAACAGAAAAGUUUGGAUGGGAUCAAAAAUGAAUCUCAUUGAACACUCCCACUUACCUGCCACAGAUGAAUUUUCUCUUUCUGACAAUUUAUUUGGUGUACUAACAGAACAAGCAGCAGGUCCUCUGGGACAGAAUCUAGAAGUGGAACCAUACUCACAAUACAACAACAUUCAGUUUCCCCAAGUUCAACCACAGAUUUCCUCAUCUUCCUAUUAUUCCAACCUGGGUUUCUAUCCCCAGCAGCCUGAAGAGUGGUACUCUCCUGGAAUAUAUGAACUCAGGCGAAUGCCUGCUGAGACUCUCUACCAGGGAGAGACUGAGGUAGUGGAGAUUCCUGUGACAAAGAAGGCCCGACUGGGUGCAUCAGCAGGGAGAAUAAAAGGGGAUGAGCUAUGUGUUGUUUGUGGAGACAGAGCAUCCGGUUACCACUAUAAUGCACUGACCUGUGAGGGGUGCAAAGGUUUCUUCAGGAGAAGCAUUACCAAAAAUGCCGUGUACAAGUGUAAAAACGGGGGCAACUGUGUGAUGGACAUGUACAUGCGAAGGAAGUGCCAAGAGUGUCGACUAAGGAAAUGCAAAGAGAUGGGAAUGUUGGCUGAAUGUAUGUAUACAGGCUUGUUAACUGACAUUCAGUGUAAAUCUAAAAGACUGAGGAAAAACGUGAAGCAGCACGCAGAUCAGACCAUUAAUGAAGACGGUGAAGGACGUGACUUGCGGCAAGUGACCUCGACAACUAAGUCAUGCAGGGAGAAAACUGAGCUCACCCCAGAUCAACAGAAUCUUCUUCAUUAUAUUAUGGAUUCAUACAGCAAGCAGAGGAUGCCUCAGGAAAUAACAAAUAAAAUUUUAAAAGAAGAAUUCAGUGCAGAAGAAAAUUUUCUCAUUUUAACUGAAAUGGCUACCAGUCAUGUACAGAUUCUCGUAGAAUUCACAAAAAAACUUCCAGGGUUUCAGACAUUGGACCAUGAAGAUCAGAUUGCUUUGCUGAAAGGGUCUGCAGUUGAAGCUAUGUUUCUCCGUUCAGCUGAGAUUUUCAGUAAGAAACUUCCAGCUGGACAUGCUGACCUAUUGGAAGAGAGAAUUCGAAAGAGCGGUAUCUCUGAUGAAUAUAUAACACCUAUGUUUAGCUUUUAUAAAAGUGUUGCAGAAUUGAAAAUGACUCAAGAAGAGUAUGCUCUGCUUACAGCAAUUGUUAUUCUCUCUCCAGACAGACAAUACAUAAAGGACAGAGAGGCAGUAGAGAAGCUUCAGGAACCACUGCUUGAUGUGCUACAAAAGUUGUGUAAGAUUCAUCAGCCUGAAAAUCCUCAACAUUUUGCCUGUCUUCUGGGUCGCCUGACUGAGUUGCGGACAUUCAACCAUCACCACGCAGAGAUGCUUAUGUCAUGGAGAGUGAAUGACCACAAGUUUACCCCGCUUCUCUGUGAAAUCUGGGAUGUGCAGUGAUGGGCAUUGCAGGGGCAGGGUCUAGCUCUUCAUUUUCCUCAUAAUAUAAAUCCUAUAUAUAACUUUCCUUUAUUUCAUUUGUACCUGGUUUUAUGCAAGAAUUCUCAUCAAUA